CGCCGAUGACACCGCUGAGUGAGUGAGGGGGGUGGAUCGAGAAGUUUUUGUCGCAGAUCGGACUUUAGGCGCCAUGUCACUCGUAUCCACCUGGUCUAACCUGGACAGUGCAGCCUUUCUCACUCCAUUCAUCCUCUGUUGUUCUCCGUUCCUGCUUCUCUACUCUCUAUACCGACUCCUUCGCGUCCCCAACAGAGUCGAGAAGCGCAUUCGUCGAUUCUCGCAGGCCGUCGCUUCUCACCCGGUCAUCAGCCACCGCGGAGGCUACCCUGAGAACACGCUCUCCGGCAUCAGACUCGCCAAGAAGAAGGGCUACAGGGCCGUGGAGGUGGACCUGGAGUUCACCAAAGACGGCUACCCCGUCCUUCUGCACGACCCGAGCGUUAACAGAACCAGCGAUGGCACGGGAAACCUUAGAGACCUGACAUUCGCUCAGGCCCGCCAGCUCGACUUUGGGAUAAAGUUUGGGGCCCAGUAUGCUGGAGAAAGGAUUCCCACUCUGCAAGAGGCAGUUGCUCUAUGCAAGGAGCUGGACCUCAUGCUCAUUCUUGACAUAAAGAGCAACCGAAGACGGUCGGCCAGGUUGUUGCGUGAGAUGUGCGAUCAAGACCCACAGCUGUGUGACUACCUGGGAGUCAUUUCCUUCUACCCCGACCUUCUCUAUCUGGUGGCAAGGACGAACCCUGAGCUGGUGUGUGCAGCUGCCAUGAAGGACUGGGAGUUUACGUGGAACAUGGACGGCUCUACGAGACACGACCACUGGUGGAGACAGGCUCUGGCUCCCUUCUUUGACAUCGCCGUCUCCAUUGUCAACCACUACGUCCUCUGGAGACUGAUAGAGCUGCCGUUUGUGGGGCUCUACAAGAAGGAGAUCGAUGAUGACAAACUGGAGUUCUGGAGGAAGAGAGGGUCAGAGGUCAUUGUGUGGUCAAUGGGAGAGGAAGAAGCUCACGAGUUCCAGAAAACGGUCAAACUGCCUGUGAUUGUAGACAUUUCACCACUGGACCAGUAGCUCACUGACACGACGUCAUGUUGGCAAUAGAAAACUGUAUGCAAGAUGGUAUAUAGCUGGUGGUCUGUAUGAUGUAAUCUCCACUAUUACUGGCCGUGCAGGGUGCAAUGCAAUUUGUAUACUUCACACGAGUGUGUACGUAUUGUGGACAAACAUUAUAAGGGGAAGCCUUCUUCUGCAUGGGCACCCCUCACUAUAGGUGCACCCAGACGAUCACACACAAGUUAAAAAGUAGUAGGAAACUGUGUACAAUGCAUU